AUGGAGCAGAACAAUAGCAAUGUAGAAGAUUUCUCCUUGAACGUGUUUUCUGUCGCUCCUUACCAGCCAAACAGGUCUGAUGUCCUGGUGUCAGAUGGAGACAAAGCUGGUGCCACUUUGCUUUUCUCAGGUGUGUUUUUGGGACUGGUGGGGAUCACUUUCACCGUGAUGGGAUGGAUAAAAUACGAUGGCAUUACUCACCUGGAGUGGACCCAGUUGCUAGGGCCUAUUCUGCUGUCUGUCGGCGUGACUUUUAUCCUGAUUGCUGUCUGCAAGUUUAACAUGCUUACGUGCAAGCCCUGCAAAGAAAGAGAGGAAAACACAUCAGACAUCGACCAGGCCACAGGUGGACAGUCCUUCGUGUUCACCGGGAUUAACCAGCCCAUAACUUUUCAUGGUGCUACCGUGGUACAGUACAUCCCCCCGCCUUACCCAUCGCAGGAAGGCAUCGCUGUGAAUCCGGGAUACCUGCACCCCGUGCUUGGCUGCUGUGGUGCUGCUCCCUCCAGUGCCUCCCCGAUCCCCAGCCCAGGCUCUGCUCACUUCUGCCCGGCCUACCCUCUGGACAACCCAGCUUUUACUGGAGACGAGAGCUACACCAGUUUUCUUGCAGAGAAUACAAGGAACCAAAGGUCCGAGGACAGUGCUGGUGAGCCAGAAGAACUGCUGGAAGACUACACCAGUGAAGACUUGUCACCUCCUCGUUACGAGGAAAUUUACCCACUGUCUUCGUAAAGUAACCAUGGACAACUGCACUUCCAAGGGACGUCAGAUUUAUAAUCCCCAAGAAUCUUUUCUUUAGCACUUGCAUGAUAAGCAAGUGUAAACAAAAUCUCGGUACUGAGCUGUGGUUCAGUAUUGCUGAAGGUAUUUAACCGACCGCUUCUUUUUCCUCCUCAAGCUAUUUUCUUCCUUGCUAUGCAGUCUAAAUAGCAAAACUAUUAAACUGAAAGAUUUAAAUCCAUGCUAGGGUUCCCCAACAAGGAGUCUGAAUUUCAGACUUGCUGAAAACAAUGCAAACAAUGAAUG